GAUGGACCCUUUGUAACCUUCGGAUGAUGAUGAUGAUGAUGAUCAGAUCACAAUACAUAAUCACUUCAGUUACCAUUAAGCAAACCAACAAGGCUUGUGCGUUGGUUUUUGUUCGAUUUUGGAGUCUCCACUACUUCACGCUUACCUCCGAUUCCUUCUCCAUAUCUCAUAAUUGGGGAAAUGUGCGGUUGAUGCUGGAUUUGGCUUGUGAUGGCUGGUGAAAUUGAGGAUCCUUUUAGCCUUCCAUUCCAGGCAGAUUCUAUACACUCUGGAUCAAUUUCGUUUGGAAGGUUUGAAACUGAAUCCUUGUCAUGGGAAAGGAGGUCAUCCUUUUCACACAACAGGUACCUUGAAGAGGUGGAGAAAUACUCAAAGCCUGGUUCAGUUAUUGAGAAGAAGGCUUAUUUCGAGGCUCACUUCAAAAGAAAGGCGCUUCUGAGCCAAAGUUCAUCUGAGUGCCAUAGUGGGGUAGAAUACCAAACCAGUGAAAAUGAUGCCUCAGAUAAUGUUCACCAUAGAGAAGAGUUUGAGCGUCAAGGUGGUGUAGAAUACCAAACCAGUGAAAAUGACACCUUAGAAAACCCUGGUUAUGGGGAAGAAUUUGACCACAGUAAUGAGGGUUGUCAAUCUGUGUACUUUGACAAGAGUUCUCAUGGUUCAGAAUAUGAUGGAGACAGUGAAGUGCAAUGUGAUAGAGAAGACAUGAGAACGUCGUAUGUGGAACCUCAAUUUGUAACUGCCUCAAAUGAUGCCAAUGUUGUUCUACAAACUUCUUCUCCACACGAAGCACGUCAAACUCUAGCUGGAACUGUACCGGUUACUGAUACAAGAGACCAUCUCAAUAGUGAAGCUUUAAAUGUGGAGUUGACACGUAAAGCUAUAGAUCUUUCUACUGAUGGUUAUAAUUCUAUCCAAGAUGAUAGAGCUAGUUCAGAACACGAGCAAGAGGCUUCUUCUGAGGUGAGUGCCAAAUUGGGAAGAAAACAUAUGAAGCCCAAAUCAAAAUCUCCAGUCAAUGCUCCUCAGUUUAAGAUUGACAUCUCAAGUGAACCGUCUAAAUUCCCUGCAAAGAAACCUAUUAGAACAGAAAGAGAAGGUUCAUGGAGUACAAGAACAGAAAAACAUUUAUCACAAGCUGCUGCUCCGACCACACAUUCAGUACUCAGGACUUCAAAACUGGAGGAUUCUAGAACUUCAAGGUCAAAAGUAUUUCGUGAUAAACAAAGUGAAAAAGAAUUAAAGGCGAACAAGGUUUUUGAGCAUAAACAUUUUUCAUCAGAGAAGCUUGUUUCAAAAUCAAGUCAAGCAAACAGGACCAAUCGGGCUGAGAAUUCAACUAAACUAAGCAUGAAACAGAGCUCUGCAGUAUUUAGUUUCAAAAGCAGUGAACGAGCUGAAAGGAGGAAAGAGUUUUACAUGAAGUUGGAGGAAAAAAUGCACGCCAAGGAGGCUGAAAUGAAUCAAAUUCAAGCAAAAAAUUUGGAAAAGACAGAAGCUGAGAUUAAACAAUUUCGGAAAAGCCUUAACUUCAAAGCAACCCCCAUGCCUUCAUUUUAUCAUGAAGCUGUACAUUGUCCAUCAGACAAAAACAAGGAUUUGACAUCGGAGAGGACGAUUAGGAAUGCUAAGGAGCGAAAUGGUCUCUAUUAUUUGACAAGUGCUCUAUCAAGCAACACCAGAUCAAGUAAACCUAGAAGCAAGUCAGUUACAGGGUCUGGAUCUGCUCGAAGAUCUCUGUCUUAUGCAAAAGCAGGAAAAGAUAAAGCCUCUUCCGAUGUUGACCCUAUAAAGAGAAGCAAUCCACCUCAAGCUUCAGCAGCAACAAACUCCAGUCCAACAUCAGUGCAUUCUGAAACAAAAGGCCCCCCUCCGGCUCUCUCAACUGGCAGAGUUCAUUAUCCGCAAGAUAAAACCAAUGGUGCAGACACUGGUAUGAAAGAGUGCACAAAGGAAAGUGAUACAGGUAUGCAAAAACACCAAGCAUCAGAGAGUGGCAAGGCGAUCAAAGGCCAGAGACCGGAGGGAAAGCACAAAGUGGAAAGGAGAAGGAGCAACAAUGAGAUGGCGAGAAAGGACAUGAAAGGCGUUGGUGUUUCCAGUCCUUCAGGGAUGCGGCACCUUGCUGUUGGGGUUGCCUCCUAAUUGCGCAUUUUUAUUCUGCGGUUAUCCAUUCUCUUCAAACAACAGAUCCACAUAUCUCUGAAAUCACGACCAUGCCAUGAAUAGGCGUGCAAAUCAAAAGUGGUAUGUUGCCUUGUACUAUUAUAUGAUAUGAAUUUUCAUGGCUGUGAAGUUGUUUAAGAUGACAGAUGUUUACUAUCAAAAGAACCAUUUCGUCUCUACCAUUUUGCCAUGGUUGUACCCACCCAUUGUAGAGCAAGCAGUAGUAUGUUCCUGCAAGUGAAAUGUCUGUAGAUAAUAAUAUGGUGGCUUUGUGCUUUUAAAAGGAGUUUCUGCCAUUGCAGUUC